AUGGGGUGCAGUGGAAGCUGCGCCAGUCAGAAGGUUUGCUACGUGCCCAAGACAUUUCCUGCACCGCCACAGGACGUCCAGCCACCAGACGCCACUACGCACCAGCUCUACGUCCGUCAGCUCGACAAGUACCUCGUUCGUGUUGCCAAGAACCCAGAGGCCUUCCAGGUGCAGGUUGAAAGGCGUCGCGAAGCCUUCUUUGGCGAAGUCUGGACCGGUUCUACCAAGUCGCAAGUACGCGUGCACCCGGUGGACUCAGAGGCCAAGUGGCUCUCUGUUGGCCCCUUGUUUUGA